AUGUCCACUCCUCGCUCAGUGGAAACGAAAAUAACGGAUACAGUGGACAAAAUCACCAAAGGUCUUGGGGAGUAUUUUCGAAAAAAUGUGAACGCAUCUUGUAAAAAAGUGCGCUCUGCUGACGAGGCUUGGUUUGACGAGGUGCUCAAUGAACUGAUUCAGGAUUUCCAAGCAAAAUGCUCGGAACAAGCACGGAGUGUGCUGAAAGAGUACUCGGUGGCCGAAAAGAGUGCACUUAUCACACAAGCAAACACCGAGUUGCGAGUCUCCAAACCCUGGUCCCCUUCAGGAGAUCCGGAGAAGGAUGCACGAGCACAUCUUUUGGUGCACGAUAUUGAACAUGCAAAGCAGAUCUCUCAGACUGUGCUUGAUUUGCAUCGUCAUUUGCGUCCGAAACUGACUGAACUCCGUACCAAACGGCGUCAAGUGAAAGAUCAGUAUGCUCAGUUGCAACUGCUUGCGCGACAGAUAGAAGAGGUAAGUGGACUGUUUUGUCGUAUCGAAAUCACAGCGUUAUGCGUGUUACGUGUACGAUUUAUUAUCAUCGUCAUCGUACAGCGAAAUACAGUGAAGCGAACUUUACUGAUCGCUGCCAAACUCGAAAUGCAUACAAAGUUAGUGGUAAAAUUUAAGGUGGACAGGGAGUGGACCUACUUUGAGAGAGGGAGAAGAAGGUGA